AUAGAUAGAACAUCGUUCUGUCAACACAGAGAUACACGCGACUGUUUUGCUAUUUAAUUGUUUACAUUUAUUAACUUUAUAAAUUAAAUAGUAAGGCAUUAUUUUUUAGCAGUUUUUGGUUAUUUUACGGUGUUGUGUUGUGUUGUGUUACUCAUUGCUUUAAUCAAUACAACUACCAAACAGUUAUAACUGUCCAUAGCUGAAUCUCCCAGAAACAUGGCUAAGCGACUAUUUUCGCGCAGUACGAGUUUGUUAAUUUCUAACGGAUUAACACAUCCGAGCAAAACACAAAAUAUGACGAGUAUACGUUGCAACAGUAUUAAAUCCGAGGUACCUUGCAAAGAAAUCAGAAUACCAGUUCAAUGGGGUCAUGUCGCCGCCAAACUGUGGGGGGACGAAAAUGAACGACCCAUUUUAGCCCUUCACGGCUGGCAGGACAACGCGGGCACAUGGGACCCGCUAGCGCCCCUCCUCUCGAAGCACAGGGCUAUUUUGGCCAUAGACUUUCCUGGGCAUGGACUGUCGUCGUGGUUUCCACCAGGCAUGCACUAUUAUCCCUGGGAACUUCCACGUUUCAUCCUGUUGCUAAAAGAGUACUUUAAAUGGGAUAAGAUUUCACUUUUGUGCCAUUCAAUGGGCUCAAUCGCUGGAUUACGAUUUGCAACUUCAUACCCGGAUGAUGUAGAUUUUUACAUUGCCCUCGAUAGUUUGAUAUCUGACGAUUACGACCUAGAUUUAGUCGCCAGCACCUAUCCUAAAUAUAUGCUUAAAAUUAAUUUGGCACAAACUAGACUAGAUCAGGAACCGCCGUCCUACGACUAUGAGGAAUUAGCUAAAGUGUGGCAUAAGGGAACAAGAAAGUCAGUUACUAUAGAAAGCGCAAAAAUUUUAAUGAAAAGAGGAUCAAAACCUUCUAAGAAUGACCCUAACAAGUAUUUCGUUUCGCGUGAUGCCAGACUUAAGUACACUUUAUUCACUCCGGAAAGUAAACUUUUUGUGGAAACUUUGGUAAAGAAGUUGAAAUGUCCGACGCUAUAUUUUAAAGCUAUCGAUUCUCCGUACGCUUCAGAUGAAUUUUCGGUAGAAAUGAGAGAAGUCAUUGCAAGGAACAAUGAACAAUUUGAAUGCCAUUUUGUCCCUGGUACACAUCACGUUCAUUUGAAUAAUCCUGAAUUGAUUUUUCCCCAUAUUACAGACUUUCUACAAAAAUACAAUUUUAUAGGAAAAUAGUAUAUGAAAAUGAUAAGUGUAAAUUACAUACCUAUUUACAUCUAUUUACAAAUUAAUUUAGACAAUCCGGUUACCAGGUACUUUGAUGACAUGAUUAUACUCGUACGAUCAUUAAUUUUGGUUAAGUAAGUAAAGUGACACUGUGAUUUUUAUUUUCUGUUAUUAUUGUUAUUUACAAAAUUAUAUGUAUUGUUAUUUACAAUAUGUUUUAUUAGUUCUUAUAUUACCUAGGUAGGUACAAAUAGUUGAUGAUAAAAUAAUAUUUUACAAGUUCCAGGUUUACACUGGCACCACUUUUGAACUAAAUGUAAGUAUUAAAAUAUUGGUUCAAAACGUAUGACAUGUAAAAUUUAUAUUAAACUGUUCGUUAUUUUUUAAUAUUUUAUAUUGAAAAUUUUUAAUUGUUCAUGUAAAGUAUACCUUUAAAAGGUACCUACUUAAAAUUUUACACGUAUCUUUGUAACAGGUUUCAUAAAAACAUUUGGUAAAAUCAGCUUAGGUACCUACUUAUACGUACGGCCCUGCUUUUGAUCAGUAUUCUGGCCGUUGUUGACAGAGGAUAUUACUCACACGUGUUAGAGCUUUACUACUAAAAAUAAGUUGUGAUAUGGUCAUAGUUCAAUGUUUAAAGUACAAGUAGGUACCUUCUUGAACUUACAUCAUCACGUAAAUGUGGGUUUCUUUACCCUUGUAUAAUUUUCGUAGUGAAUCAGCUCCGACGUUGAUAAGAAAAAAAUGUGAUUAUAAAAUAUAAAACACAAAGAAUUUAUUUCAUUUAUUUCUUAUAAUUAAUGACUAUGUGUACUUAAUAAAAAAAUAUAAGAUAAUAAUUUGUACAAAAGAGGUUCAUGUCCAGCAAUACAGCUAUAAAAAUUAUUAUAAAUAUUAUUGUGCAUUAACUAUAAAACUAAAUCAAGUUUGUUUUUCUAACUUGUCGUUUUGUGCAGUGUCUGAUCCAGAAUUAUCUUCAUCAUCACAAGCAUGGGCUCCUUUCCUUUCUGGCAAAACAUUGAUGAGUGUUUCUUGCCAACACAUUCCUUCACACACUCUUAGAAUUAUUUCAAAAACUGUAAACAAAAAAUGGUAAAGGUACAAAAUGAACUUUUAUUUGUUAUGAAAAUUUUCGCAGCAUGCUUGGGCAAUGUAACUGACGGACUAAAACUGAAAGUGAAAUUUUUUUUUUUCAUUAUUCAGACCAAGAUCAACCUAUUUGUAUGGGAUGAUAGAUUCAUUGGCCAGAAAAAAAAUAUCAAUAUUAAAUUACAGUGAAAGAAAAUCAUAGAAAUAAAACAUUUGUGAUCAAUUAAUAGUAAUGGUCAACUGUAAUUUGAAUUUGCACUUUUUUGUUACAUUUUUUAUUGAGUUUUAUUUAUUAAAAUAAAUAUAUUUGCUUUUUUAUUUU